AAUCUCGCGCCGCUUCCUUCCGCGCUCUCUUUCUUUCAAUCGUUCCGAACGUGAGGUUUUUCGAUCUUGUCUUUAAACCGGCUGUUCACCGAUCCUUGGAAGCACUGUCGAGAUGCCCAGGGAAGACCGGACCACGUGGAAGUCCAACUACUUCCUGAAAAUCAUCCAACUGCUGGAUGAUUACCCCAAGUGUUUCAUCGUGGGCGCAGACAAUGUCGGCUCCAAGCAGAUGCAGACCAUCCGUCUGUCCCUGCGGGGCAAGGCCGUCGUGCUCAUGGGCAAAAACACCAUGAUGAGGAAGGCCAUCCGUGGCCAUCUGGAGAACAACUCCGCUCUGGAGAGGCUGCUUCCUCACAUCCGUGGGAACGUGGGCUUCGUCUUCACCAAGGAGGAUCUGACUGAGGUCCGGGAUCUGCUGCUGGCAAACAAAGUGCCGGCUGCUGCCCGUGCCGGUGCCAUCGCCCCGUGUGAGGUGACCGUCCCGGCUCAGAACACCGGACUCGGCCCUGAGAAGACCUCCUUCUUCCAGGCUUUGGGAAUCACCACCAAGAUCUCCAGAGGAACCAUUGAAAUCCUGAGCGACGUUCAGCUGAUCAAACCUGGAGACAAGGUGGGCGCCAGCGAGGCCACGCUGCUCAACAUGCUGAACAUCUCGCCCUUCUCUUACGGGCUGAUCAUCCAGCAGGUGUAUGAUAACGGCAGCGUCUACAGCCCCGAGGUGCUGGACAUCACUGAAGACGCCCUUCACAAGAGGUUCCUGGAGGGUGUGAGGAACAUCGCCAGUGUGUGUCUGCAGAUCGGCUACCCGACGCUCGCCUCCAUCCCUCACUCCAUCAUCAACGGAUACAAGAGGGUCCUGGCUGUCGCCGUGGAAACAGACUACUCCUUCCCCUUGGCUGAGAAGGUCAAGGCCUACCUGGCUGAUCCCACUGCUUUCGCUGUUGCAGCUCCUGCUGCUUCGGCUGCGGUGGAGAAAGCUGCAGCUCCCGCAGCCAAAGAGGAGGCGCCCAAAGAGGAGUCCGAGGAGUCUGAUGAGGACAUGGGCUUCGGCCUGUUUGAUUAAACUGCUGAGUCAACAUCAGCGUCAGUUUAACAUCAAUAAAACAUCUGGAAACAUCA